AGACAGAGCGACUCCUCAGUAUUGUCUCGAUCAACGACAAGAGAAGAGAAAGUGUUUACGUCUCUUCCGAGAAGUCGACUUCACUUGUUAGUCAUCCCUUAGAGACAACGGAUGCUUAGGAAUUUUCCUGCCUCAAGGUUAGCGGUAGAAGCAAGAAAAUAAUAUCGGCCCCGGGGAAGGAAAUAUCUGAGCACAGCCGAGUCACGUUCUACUGUAGAUCAAAGUUCAGCAUCUUCAGAGAAGCAAUGAAUCUCGACCCGGGAAUCGUGUGUUACCAGCACUGCGAAGGGCGUCUCUUUAGCUUCAGUCUCCCUUCCUCGUGUUACCUGUGCGGCGCUGACCUGUCCGUUGAACCCCUGACCUGUCCGCCCUUCAGGCUGCCGUAUCCUUUCGUGCGGGCAUCGCAAGCGCCUUGCUCCAUUGUCAUCAAACCCACUAAGGGCGACUUCUUACAUGACUACAGGAGCAGCAACGACCUUCACAUUGGCGUAACGGACAGCGAGGGUCGUGUGUUCGAGUACGACCACGAGGGGCUACACUCUGACUACACCUCCUCCUGGACACAAAGCCUCGCCGUGUCAAUCAUAAGCGACCCUGCCACCGGCCGCCUAGACCCCGUGUGGCUCGAGUACUGGGACUUCACUCUGCACACUAUGGCUCAGGAUCCCACCUGGGCUGAAGACAGAUACGACGAGACGUCCUUCAACUGCUACUCCUUCGUGCUCGAGUUCCUGAAGAAGCUGGGUCCUCCUGGGAUCAAGACGAAGGGACUCAGCAAGACGUCCCUUUGCGAGCAGCUCCUUGUCCCUCACACCACCGCCGCUGCCAAGUACAUCUCUCUCUAUCGGAAGCUGCGGUCCCAGACUGUGGUGGCCGUCCCGUUGAUGAAACAGUGAUGACAAAAUGGAUAAUUAAAAGGAUAUUCGUAGGUCGACACUGAUGGUGCUACGAAAUCACAACUUGUGAGAUAAAAGACAGAUUUAUUUAUAACGAUAGAGUGUUUGUUUCAUGUUUUCAAUUGCCAGGUUAGGGUUAUAUGUCGUAAAUAUUACAUUGAUGUUCUUUAGGAUUCUUCCAAGUUUUAAGAUUGAAUGCAUUUCAUAUAUCUUAAGAUACCGCUAUUUCUCACUUUGACACAAUACUUCCACUUUAUAAUGCUCCAUAUACUUUUGACAGUUUGAAUAUAGUGUAUUUUUAUAUAAAAUUGACAUGUAAUAAAAAGUACUUGACCCAAAGAAU